AAAUAUCGGAAAUAUCGAUAUAAUCGCUGCUGAAGGAAAACAUGAGGGUUUGUUGACAAAUCCUCUCUGGUGAAAAAGUGGAUAAUUCUCGAGGAAUAAAGGAUUGUGAGGAGAUCUAAGAGAUGGGGAAGCUGAAGGUGCACAAGCUGAAGUACAUGAGCAAGGAGGAUUUCAGGAUUCUAACAGCUAUCGAAAUGGGCAUGAAGAAUCACGAAUUGGUUCCUGGACCUCUGACCGCCUCAAUAGCCAAUCUCAAAGCUGGUGGAGUGAAUAAACUGCUGCGGGAGUUGUGCAAGAACAAACUGCUUCAGUACGAGCGUGGAAAGAUGUAUGAUGGCUAUCGCUUAACGAACAUGGGAUACGAUUACUUGGCUCUGAAGGCGCUGACUUUGAGAGGAUCCGUGGCGUCGUUCGGCAAUCAAAUUGGCGUCGGGAAGGAGUCCAACAUUUACACAGUAGCCGAUGGAGAAGGACUUCCGCUGUGCCUGAAGCUCCACCGACUGGGCAGAGUGUGUUUCCGGAAUGUGAAGGAGAAGAGAGACUACCAUGGACGGCGGAAUAAGGCUUCGUGGCUGUACUUGUCGAGGAUCUCCGCGACGCGGGAGUUCGCUUACAUGAAGGCUCUUCACGACAGAGGAUUUCUCGUGCCAAAGCCUAUUGACUUCAAUCGCCACUGUGUCCUGAUGGAGCUGGUGAAUGGCUAUCCCAUGACGAACGUGAAGGAAGUGGAGAAUGUGGAGGCUCUGUAUGACGAUCUGAUGGAGUUGAUCGUCUCGCUGGGCAAUUGUGGCGUCAUUCACGGGGAUUUCAAUGAAUUCAACAUCAUGGUGACUGACGAGGGAAAGCCCAUCCUUAUCGACUUCCCACAAAUGGUCUCCACGUCGCAUCCCAACGCCAAGUACUUCUUCGAGAGGGACGUGACGGGCGUUCGAGAGCUGUUCAAGAGGCGAUUUGACUACGAGAGUGAGGAAUAUCCCAAGUUUGAAGAUAUUUCGCGGGAGGAGAAUCUCGAUGUGGAGAUCAGCUGCAGCGGAUACGGAUUCACGCUGCAAAUGGAGAGGGAUUUGAUGAGAGAGUACGGCAUGGAGAGCGACGACGAGGAGGAUUCAGAGGAGGGAAGUUGUCCAGAGAUUACUGAGGAGGAGGAGGGCGAAGCCGAUGUGAAGUGCACAGAGAAAGAAUUGAAGGAGAUGCGGGAUCAUCUGGAGGAGGAAGUGCAAUUCAGUGAGCAGAAGGCCAAGGAUGAUUCAGCGCAGAGUCAAAUUGAGAAGUACAUCGCUUCAGUGUCUUCGCACUUGGCCAGUUUCUCACUUCAGGCGCCCUCGGAUGAGGAAGAUGUCUUCGAAGACGCCUUGCCUGCCGAUGGACCACUCGCAGAUCAUCCAGCCAUUCCAGAAACCACCACACAAGACUCUCUCGAGGGCCUGGAUCCCUCUUCGCGCAUGUAUCGUCUGAAGAUGGUGGAGAAACUCCUGUCGGACAGACGCAGCAUGAGAUCCUUCUCCACUACGGCCAGCACGAUAGCGCCCAGCGUGAUUGCGGAGCGUCAGAAGCGUGAGACGCGGAAGCAGAAGGCGCGCGACGAGCGCAAGCGGUGCACGGCCAAGGGUGAUGCCAAUGCCGCGAUGCGGAGGCGGCAUGAGAACAACUUCACCAUCAAACAGUACGCUGGAUGGGACUUCUAGACGGUCGGGGGCUAUUUAUAGACGGUGCGAAAAUCUGUACAGGAUAUACAAAUAUAGGCAAAUUGCAGGAAUUA